GUCUACCUUGGAUCACGUCUUACUUCUUUUUAACCUGCCGGUAUUCAAAUUUGUCCAAGAAUAGAUUCAGCGAGCUGCCAGUGGAAGUCACCGAGUAUUAUUCCUUAGAAAAGCUCAUUCUUUACCAUAACGCCAUCAAAUCUAUUCCGGAUUCGGUUGUAUAUCUACAGUCGCUGUUGUACAUUGACUUGAGCCGCAACCAGUUGAGCGUGCUACCGAGCUCACUGUGCCAGCUGCCGCUGGAAGUGCUGCUGGUGGCAAAUAACAAGCUGGUGUCUCUGCCCGAGGAGCUGGGUCGCAUGAAGACACUGGCUGCGCUUGAUGUCAGCUGCAAUGAAAUUUCGCACCUGCCCCAACAGAUUGGGGAGCUGCCCGCACUGCGUUCCCUCAACCUGCGCCGCAACAAGCUAGUCGACCUGCCACUCAGUUUGACAAAUCUCAAUCUGGAACGAUUAAAUUUAAGUGAAAACAGAAUCUCAACAUUACCAGCAGAGCUUCGCUUCAUGACAACAUUAGUUGAAUUGAUUCUUACCCAUAACCCUUUGAUUUCACCACCUGCAUAUUUGUGUACGAGGGGCCGUGUACAUGUAUUUAAGUACCUAGAGAAUCAAGCGUACAAAGGUGAUAAGAGAAAGGGCCUGCUGACUGACGAUAUCAGGAAGUUGCAGCAAAAAGUUGGCCACUUGUCAGAUUCUCGCCUCUCAAAUGGAUUUUCUGAUUUAAGGCAACGCCGUUAUAAUGUAGAUAGUGGCUACAGCACAAGUGAUGGAGGAUCUGAUAAACGAUGGUCCCAGGAAAUAAUUGUUGAGGAGGAGUGUGAUAAAAGUAAAGGCCUGUGGUCUCGCGCAGAUAGUCUUCCAAUACCUGUAAAACGCCGUGAUACCAAUGGUAGCUGUAGUGGUACAUCCACGCCUUCUACCAUCAGCCCAGGUGAUAACAUCAAUCUUGAGGAGGAAUUCAGCAAGAAUGUUUCUGUCUGUGAUGAAUUAGAAAGGAGAAAGACAGACAAAGUUCAGAGUGAUAAAGAAGAGGGCAAAAAUCUUGCUAAAGAUGGUGUAAAACCAAUGACUGGGAGUGGCACUAACAAAAUGGUGACAAAUGGUCCUGCCCAGUCGCCAUCCACAGAUGUCGUUGUCAACGGUAGUGGUGCAGUUGAAGACAAGCGGCCAUUGGAUCACAUACAGACAUACAGGGAAUACAAGGAAGCCCUCAGGCAACAGCGAGCUCUGGAUGGGCUGACUGUGUAUCGACCACGUGUUCCUGGAGAAGGUGGGCUGCAGCCAUUAAACAACAUGAAUCAGGAGGAAGAUCAUACAAAGAAUGAAGGGAACUUGCCAAAUAAUAAAACAGAAAGCCUGAAGAACCAAGACAGCUCCGUUAAUAAGCGGCCAGUUCAGAAGGUUCCACCAUCCAGGAAUGGAGCAACAGUGACAUUUCAGGAUAAUCGUAUUGGGCAGGGAGGAACUGUGUUAAAUGGUACCUGGAGUGAUUAUGGAGGAAAAAGUGUUGUGCAAGAUACACAGGACACUUAUUACAUAAAACCAAACUCUCCCAUCAAGACUUCAACCAGUAUCACCCAAGUUCCUUCUUCAGCAUCACCAGGCAGUCCUAGGUUGGUUACUACAUCUUUAGGGUAUGUUGGCAACAUAGUUCCUGUUUCUACGAACCAUCAUAACAGAUCAGCACCAACAGGAAAUGGCAGUGGAAGCCCCAGGUCACCAAAAAUAGGUACAAGUCGGACAGUCCCGUGGAACAGGGAUGUGGCACCAGAGAAACUCAGUUUUACUAUGAGGCGGGAAUUUGACAAGGCUCGUGAAGAGGCAGAACUCAUUGACCAGCUGAGGAGUCAUAUCGAGACGAGACUUAAAAUGUCACUUCCAGAAGACAUGGCUUCUGCACUGUCAGAUGGUGUGGUGCUGUGUCAUUUAGCAAACCAUGUCAGGCCCCGAUCUGUUGCCAGUAUUCAUGUGCCUUCUCCUGCUGUGCCGAAGCUGACAAUGGCAAGAUGUAGGAGAAAUGUGGAUAAUUUCUUGGAAGCUUGUCGCCGAAUUGGUGUUGAUGAGCCACUUAUUUGCUGUGCAUCAGAUGUACUUGAGGGCAGAGGUUUGGUGCAAGUUGCUAUUACAGUAUCAGAACUCCUCAGGUUUCAUCAGCCUCGGUCACCAGCACACACAGCACCUUGAAUUGUUGGGAGCACAGGUUAGGUGAAGAAAGAGUGUUUUACAUACUUCUUCCGAGGAUUUAUGCUGUGGCAGUACAGGGACCUAUCAAGUGAAUGUGAGAUACCAAGUCACAUCUACUACUUAUUACAAAGACAAUGUGCCAAAGAAUUUUUUGUCAUGGUACUAGCUGUACAGGAUGUGUUAUUUAUAUGUUGUAAUUGUGUGAUUUUAUAAAAUAAUAUAUUGCCAUAAAUAAUUUUUAAAAUGAUGCUAUUAUUUUAAUAUGCAAAUGCAUGCAGUUUCCUAGUUUGGCUUAAUAGGGAAAUAAUGCUACAUUUUGAGCUUGAGUUAAAUUGUCAUUUUGUGAUGUAGCUACCAUUAUUAAAUAAUGACACUGAGGAUUUUACUAAAACGUUCUUCAGCAUCAAAACAGUUGAUGAUAUGCUUUUGUAUUUGGAGAUAAUAGACAGUUUCCUACUGAAUUGUCUGACACAGGCCAUAAUGAUCAAAUGGCCUAUGGCACUUCCUAUAAUCAACAGAACAGUCAUAAUUAAUUUGAUGAUCCUGCUGCACUUCCUGUAUGAUAUGAGGCAAAAAUAAAAAUAUGAUAUUUUCGUAUGAACUUAUUAAGGAUUUAGGAGUAUGCCAGUUUUCAUUGAAUGCAUUAUUUUUCAUCUUUCUAAAAGUAGUUAUGUACUGUAGGUACUCAAGCUUAUUGUGGAAGAACUGCUUCCCAUUUGCUUCUACAGCAAGGAGAUGUUAUACAUCCAUUUCCUGGUCAGUUUCUUUAGUGGAGUCAUGAUGUUGAAGCUUCAUUUUAUGGGUGUUACCUUUAGGCUUCCAUUUUAAAAAUACACUUUGUAUUCAUGUGUAGUUGCACAGUAAUGUGUGCAACACUGAAGUUUGCAGUUUUGUGGGUGAAUAUUUGGCUUAUGAUAUUAUAAACCAUGAGUUCAUCUAAAUCCAUAAUUAUAUGCAGUCAUCAAUAUCAGUAUGUUCUUCAUCCAUGAUUUUAGUCACUUAGGUUCAGUUAAUAUAACUAUUUGAAUGUGACAUAUGGAACAAGCACUUAAUACUGGAUUGUCUGUCAUCAGAUAACUGGAGUUUAAUAUUUUGGCUAAAAUUGAUGCUAUGAAAAUUAAUGAUUUUUAUGUAAUGCUCAAAUUCACUAUUAUUUUACAGUUUGUUAUUACAUUAAAAUAGUAUAGAUAGGUAGUUGUCAACAAAAGGUAACAGCUAUUCACUAUCUUAAACGAAAUAUUUUAUCAAGAAAAUUUUUUGCUGAGGAAACUAGAAGUGUAUGCUAGCAUAGUAGUAAUAUGAUAUAAUUCGUAAAGGCAUGCUCCAGAACUACAAGACUGCAAGCAAAAAUAGGCUAGUUUUUUUUACAGCACUUCCAAGAAUAUGUAAUUUAUAUGGACUUAAAACUGACAUCAGUUAAUAACACAUGUAGUAACCUUCUAUGACUGUUUGCUGUAGCAAAAGAAAUUAUUUUCAUAUUGUAAGGGAGUGUAUUUCAUCUCACUGUUUAUAAUUUCAGUUAUCAUUAUAUUUGUCACCAUUGUAAGUGAACAUUAUGGUGUUUGUAUAAUGCAUGUAAUGAACACACCAUCUUGGAAUAAUUGAUCUCUUUGUAUAAUGAGGACCCUUGUCCAGAUCCAUGUUACCUGAACUAACUUCCUUUCCCUCAUUUUUUUUCAUAUUAUUUGUUACUGUACAGCUCAAUUACAUUAUUUCAGCAUUUGCCAAUUGUAAUUUUAACAGUGUAGAAAACUUUUAAUAAGAGAAUGUAUCAUUUUGCAUGUAAAUGUAUAAAGUAUAAGCUAUGCUAUGGGCUGUGAAUUUGGUUGUACAUUUCGUGCAAAAUAAGGAUAACGGAGACACAUAAGUGUUCUUGUACAUCACUUUUAGCUGGUUAAUGUUUGUUGUUACCAGUAAACUUAAGACUGACUUCAGACAGUUGUAUUUGGAUCGAUGAAUUUGUCAGAUGUCAACUUUUUAAGUUAUGACAACAAUGUUUAAAAUUAGAAUUUCCACCAAUUUGAAUAAAGCAGUUUUACAAAACA